AUGAGCCACUGGCAACUGAAGGAUCUGGUUUGCGCCGCAUCAAAUUCAAACUCUGUAUAUUUCCCGUCAGGAAACAACCUCAUGUGUCUUGACUUGUCUCGCAAGGGCAACGGGGGUUGCACGGCCACCAAGUGCCUAAAGUCUGUGACCAAAUUUGAGACUUCUCCACGAUGUCUGAAGGAAAAAGACGACCUGAUUGCUGUUGGAGGAGUGGUCAGUGCAACACCUCAAGGAGUGACGCUCGGGAGCUGUCGAGGUCUUUUUGGUCUUUACACGAAGGUCAACGACAGUGUUAUCAACAAGAAUGUGGGGACUCUGAUCAAUAACUGCGUAUCCUUGUACAAGAUAUCGAAUUCCGCAUACAAGACAAUUCUUUGCAACAACGACCACAACAUGUACUUGCUAGACGUGACUAAUUACGGUCUGGCCCAGUCGCAGAUGAACAUCAAUGUUGGUGUUCCGCUAAACCACUCGAGCAUCUCGCCAGACUCCAAAAGCAUGAUAGCGGUCGGAGACUCGUCCAAAGUGUUUGUGUUGCACUCUGACGAAAACAUGGCAGACAUCAAGGGACAGCAGAGCAUAUCGACAAAUUACCUGUGCGGCAUAUCCACCGACUGGAGCUCGUCUGGAAUGCAAUUCAGUGUGUGCUUCCAGGAUGGAGCGAACCUGGUGUACGAUAUCAGACGCCAGGACCACGCGCUCCACGAAAUCCACUCUACACGACUCGACGCGAGUGGCGACUUCAGGGUCUGCAAGUUCAGUGGUGGAACCGAAGAUUUGUUAUUUAUCUCUGAACAUCAGGGACGUGUACAUGUGGUGGAUACUAGAGACUAUUCGAAACACCAGGUGAUUCUGCUUCCGAGGGUUCUGCACGACUCCGAGGCGUCGACGUACAACCAGCCGAUCGUCAAGUCCGUAGAGGAGGUUUGCGCCCUGGACGCAGCACAUCUUGACCAGGCCAACUCGCAGAGCUCUGGGCUCCGCUUGGGCCAGCGUCCCCCAAUGCGUUCAAUUCUCAACGACAGAGCAAACCAGCCCCGCCGGUUCCAGUACGACACGAGCGACGACCCUGCACCGCGUCAUAUCGAGAGUCCUCAGCAAUUCAUCGGAGAAGUCACUCUGGACGAAGACACUGUGCAAUAUCUCGACAGCAGUGUCGAAAUAUGCGGGCUGGACGUCUCUCGGGUCCACGAUAGUAGCUCGCUGGUCAUUGGCAGUGAAGAAGGGCUUAUUCACUGGGGCAUUGAUUCUUGGAAACGGAGAUGUUUCCCUUCAUUUGAAAUGUUUUGA